ACAGGAGGCUGGAAAGCAAAGAAAGCUUCUCUCUGUGUGUGUGAGAGCCUGGCAGCCCCCUUCAAGAUGCCCAAAACCUCUCUGCCAGUCCACUUCCUCUGUCUUCUCGCCUUGUCUUCAGCCUGCUACAUCCAGAACUGCCCUCGAGGCGGGAAGAGAGCCUUGCCCGACACAGAGAUCAGACAGUGCAUACCCUGUGGUCCCGGGAACAGAGGACACUGCUUUGGCCCCAACAUCUGCUGUGGAGAGGAGCUCGGCUGCUACAUGGGCACUUCUGAAACCCUGCACUGCGUGGAAGAAAACUACCUGCCUUCCCCUUGCGAGGCUGGCAGCAAAGCCUGCAGCUCAGGAGGGAGAUGCGCUGCUCCCGGCGUUUGCUGCAAUGAUGAGAGCUGCAUCAUGGAUACCAUUUGCCUGGAUGACGAUAGUGACAGAAGUCAAGAGCCCUCAGAGAAGAACCUGACUGUGCUGGAUGGCUCAGCGAGUGACUUCCUGCUCAAGCUGAUGCAUUUGGCGAACAGGCAGCAACAGAGGAAGCACCAAUUCUACUGAGGGAAGGAAGCAACAUCAGAGAUGAGUCUAACAGCGAGUAUGUUGCUUACAUGCCGCAGCACCUCAGCAAAUCAUUGCAAAAUGUAAAGGAACAGCCCUUUGACAGCAUUGUAAAUAUGUGGCCAAUAAAGUAUUUUAUUGCACUGUGCUAUUCAA